UGCGUCUUUUCUCUCCGUACCCCCAAACGCGUUUCCAGGGUUCAUCCAAAACUUCUUUUUUUUUUUUCGCUGCAACUCGAUCCGGUCACCUCCCACUUCCUCCCUUCCUUCUCCGCCGUCCUCUCUUCUCGUGUUCUUCCUCCGCCUUCCUCCCUUCUCGUUUUCCUCCUCCGCCUUCUUCCCGCCGUGCAAAACCCAGCGUCGUGACCUCCUCUGCCUUCCCUUCCUUCUCUCCCGUGGCCCAAAGUUCCUCCGCACCGUUGACAACGAUCGCAGACGCCAAGCAUUUGUUUCUGGAAAUGAGUAGGCUGAAGGGUGUUCACUGUUUCCUUGGGUUAAUAUCUCGGAGAGGCUAUCUUCAGGUUACUUCUUUAUCAACUGCAAAUGAAACCUCAACCUUAUCCAAUAAAUUCCUUGUUAGAGUUCUUUCGGCUUCAGCAGAUGGCAGCACGAACACUUCUUCAGUUGUUGCUUCAGGUGAAGUGAAAGGGGCUAGUGAACCAAAUUCGUCCGAUCCUACUAAAAAGGCUGUACGAGGUGGGCCUGUCUCGUGGUUGAGCCUUUUGUUGCUUAUUGCCACUGGAAGUGGGAUAACUGUAUACUAUGACAAAGAGAAGAAACGACACAUAGAAGAGCUGAAAAAUGCUGGUGCACCAAAAGAGGGAGCAUCUGUUGGCACAGCAGCUAUUGGGGGUCCUUUCAAUCUUGUUAACCAUGAUGGAAAAUCUGUUUCAGAUAAAGAUUUUGUGGGGAAAUGGACACUGAUAUAUUUUGGAUUCACACACUGCCCGGAUAUCUGCCCGGACGAACUCCAAAAACUUGCUGCUGCUGUUGAUAAGAUAAAAGGAAAGGCAGGCAUAGAUAUUGUGCCAGUUUUUAUCUCAGUUGAUCCAGAGAGGGACACUGUUGAGCAAGUCCGUGAUUAUGUCAAAGAAUUUCACUCGGAUUUAGUAGGAUUAACUGGCACAACAGAUGAAGUUAGACAAGUUGCUCGUGCUUACCGAGUUUAUUAUAUGAAGACCGAAGAGGAGGGGUCAGAUUACCUUGUUGACCACUCAAUUGUUAUGUACUUGAUGGAUCCGAACAUGAAGUUCGUUAAAUUUUUUGGUAAAAACCAUGAUGUUGAUUCACUGGCUGAGGGCAUAAUCAAAGAAAUAUCAGAGCACAAAAAGCAAAAGAAACGAUAGUGCGCUGGGCUUGUUCCUUAGAUCUCCGUUUCGAAACAUCGUUGUCCUUGUAAACCGUUUGUACUGUUUUCUUGAACGAUGUGCGGCAUAAAUUUUUGAUAUUGCUGAGGAAUCAUCUUGCCAAGAUAGUUGACACAGAACUGGCAAGUGAAAGGAUAUUAUUAACAGUCCAUAAAAAUAUAGAAUGUUGCCAGCAUGUAUUGUUGCAACGAUUGAGUUCAUUAUUUUCAGAACAUCAAUUUUGCAGUAUUUGGGGCUAUUUUAGGUACACUUAACCUACUUGUAAUGGAGAUGUUUUUUUCUUUGUA